CUGGAGUCCCAUCGUGGCCGGCUACAUUCGAACUUGCCGCACUUUCGCGACUUCCUGUGUUCGAACUUCGAAAAGUUCCCGAUUCCGAAAGCUCGUUGGAAGACUUUGAGAACAUGCUGAAUAAGAACUUCGCCAUCGCCGUGGCCGUGAUACUGGCGUGCGUGUGCCUCGCCGAGGCGCGCGAGGAGAGUCCGCACGACAUGGCGGACGCUCUGCGCAUGCUGCAAGAGCUGGACCGCUACUACACUCAGGCUGCCAGACCCAGGAUCGACCGCCGCGACGUCGGUGGUGACCGCGUCGACCCACAUGUGAUAGACCGCGCGCUUCGCCUCCUCCAACUUCAAACCCUAGACCGUCUUUACUCCUACCACACGCGACCAAGGUUUGGGAAACGCUCCGAUUCCUUCACGAACUGGGCUAAGGAUCUUGAAAAGCCAGACAUACCCGCCUGGCUGCAAUACGCCAGAAGGAGAUGAGGAGAGCAACCGAAGCCGGGUCCUUCGCUAGAGCCGUUUCUGCAUACUGCUAAUAACAUUUAAUGAACAAUUGUUGUACCACAAUCAAUUACUUAUAAUCUAUCUCCUAUCAUUCCUGUGUACCUACCUACCAAGUAUUUAAAUGAAUACAAUAUUCCCUUGUUCCUUUUCCACGUCACAUUAAUCCUUAUUAUUAUAAUGAUAGAUUUUACACAGUAGUAAAUGUUGAAUGUAGAUAACCCAUUCUUUUCACCCAUUCCGAUUUUAUUCUUAAAUAUAUAUGUAAUUUAAGAUUAAUUAAAAGCAUUGACACAUGGAAAUUGAACCUGGAGGUAACAGGACUAUCAAUGUAACGUUAUGGAAUAAAAGCAAUUAAGAAAACGUAAUAGUUAA